UAUUUUAAAAGAUAUUUCAUAAAUAGGCGCAGAUUGUUAGAGAAAAAUGGAUUUAAGGGAAACCUGUGCCCGAAGUAUCGCUCAUUGUUUUGUACAAGCAGUGAAGGGUAACAUUCCACACAUUUAUCUGUCUAAGGUAAUAUGCAAAUUGUAUUUUCUACUAUUUAAAAAAUACUGGCGAAUCAUUGCAGAAAAGUACCCCACAAUUUGGCCAACAUUUCGCUGGCGGCCUCACCCUGAAUUUUGCCAAAAGACAAAGGCGGCAAUUGUCUCCGUUCGCUGGUAGAUAACAAUUGUUUGGUAGAUUUUUAGCCUAGGCCAGCAGUUUCUUGUCAAUUCAUUGGCUUUAAUUGCUGUGUUUGCCGUUUGCAGUUUGGAGUUGCAUGUUGUUAAGCCAGGCAGACACUGUGAAUGAUAUAUGGCCUGCGGCAGAGCAUAGCCUAUCCUCCUUGCUUUUGGCCUGGUCAAAAGAUUGAUGGUGUUAUGCAAUGCGAAACCCUUUUUAUUUUACUCACUUUGAAUAGAGGGAGAGCAACCUUAUCGGCAAUGCGCAUCGUUGUGUGCAGCAUUAAAAACUUUUUGCGGCCAGGCACGCAAAUAUCAAAAACUGAACUCCAUUGAACCCCUCCAACUGCCAUUUUCCAUAAGCUUAACCAAAACAAAGAGAGACCCCGCCAAGGUAAUGCCGAAAUCCGCUUUGAAUUAAAAGUGAAAUAAAAGCGAAGGAAAAAUUUUAUCAUUUGGCAAUUUUUUUUUUUUUUUUUAUUUUUCCUGUUGCAAAGACGUAGAGUCACGCAAACGUGAAGCCAUAGCAAAGUGCAAAAUGUCGCGGUAUUAUAAAUUGGGAGAAUUGGGGGAAGGUCCUUAAGCUUCUGGUCUAAACCGAAGCGAAACCACCUGCUAAAAACUCACUUUUCGCCAAAAAAUAGUGAAAUAAAUGGGAAAUAUAGUAAUUAGAAUAGAGAAUGGAGAAUAGUGAAAAAACCAAAUAAAGUUUGUUUGCCGCAGUCUAGACAACAACUGCACUAUCUUUGCGGGGUGAGAUAUUUGGGGUGUGGCUGCCAAAAAGGACAUUAAGUCAUUCAGCCACGUUUGCAGGGCCAAAAAUUUUAGAGCCAAGGCGAAAAACCAGACAGACAAGGCUGUUUCUAUGUAUAUCUAUAUGCGUUUGUUUUUUGCAUGUGUGCCUCUGCUUUGUACGAGUAUGUAUCUAUGUAUGUUUGUUAGUUUAUGUUGCGGCAAAUAAUAGUAAUUUGGCUAACACAAAAAUUGCUGGCUUUGGGCGUCGUUUGUAUUUCGUUAUUCGACGCUUCUAGCCAUGAACUUGAAAAGGUUUUCCAAUUCUCUUGGCCAGCGAUUUUUGCCACUCCUUUAAAGAGAAAAUUAACAAGCCAUGAAAAGGGAAGGCUAGACGGAAAUACACUCAUGGUGCAUUAUUUGAAAUUACAUUUAAAUAUUGAAUUUGCAUCUUUCUUUGUAAACAAGUUAAAGCAAAGGACGAACAUUAAAUGAAGUAUAAGAAACAGUAAACUUGUCAGGAAGUUUUCAAGGAACUUUAUAGACCUCUGAAUUACAUAUUAAAAAAUUUAUAACUAUAACUAUAUUCUGUUUUAUUAUACCUAAGACUUAAUUUAUAAAAAAAUAAAAUACGAUGAACAAAUUGUUAUUUGCAAUUGUAAUACAGCAACUGAUUUUCCGAUUAAUCGGAGCCUUUGUUGCUUUAAAUUACGUUUACCCCGCCCAAUCGACUGUUUAAUCAAGCACAACUUCACACAGAACACAGUUAACAACAGAAUCGAAUGGCAGAAAUCAAUGCUGGGCCAUAAAUAUCUCUGCACUUGAGUUGCCUCCUUGCGCGUUUUUCCGACUCAUGUGAGCCAUGACGCAGGGAAAAGCCCCACGAAAGUCGGGGGGCGUUGCCAUUGAUUCGCGCAUAGGGGGCGUGUCUUGGUGUGGACGAUGGGGCGUAUGAGUAAUCCACGGCGCUCAUAAUACGAACGCCUCCUUUGGCACUCGUAAAAGUGUUUGUGAUGCGUUUAAUUAAAGACCUGCGAGGGAUUUGCAUUCCGCCCAGCAGAUGGCACAAUGCGGAAGCCCAAAGAAGUAGACUUAUUAUGCAAUUAGCAUCAAUUGAAACCAAGUCCGAUUCCAAGUAUAGGAUAGAAUGCAUUUGCUGGCCCAAAACCACUCGACUGGGUCAACCGCUCAUCAGGAAAACGGCGGGGCAUCCAAGGUAACAUCGUCUCCUAUAUUUUCCAUUUCUAUAUACAGCCUCCAAACCUCCAUCUCAUCAUCUGCAUCGCCAUAUCUGGCCUUUGUUUACCCACUUUGAUGCAACGUUUGUGUUGCUGUCAAACAAAUAACGAAACGAUUUGCUCAUUUGUUGAUAUUUGCAUUUCGCAACGGUCUUCGGGGCAGCAGAAGAAGUCAAUGGAUGCCUCUCCUCCCCACAAGAAUGCAGAUCUCAAGUGUGCUAAAGAUUUCGCAAUGGACUGUGCGAUUUCUACGACCUCACGGGGCUUGAACUCCACACGAGGAAAUCACAUAUGUAAGCAUAUUCCCUGCUGGAUGGCUGUGAUGUAAAUCGUAGCACAAGUCACAGCACAUAAAUAAACGUAUUGCCUCUUUUUAGGAGGAAAUACCCAAAUAUUUAACAUGUUUUACUUCACAUGUAUGCAUUAUAUUUAAUAAUUGGUAAUUAUAGCAAACUAACUAAAUUUGGAUUAUGGUAAAAUUAAAAUAAAAGUUUUGUACUUUUAAAAUCUAUGAAUUCCGGCUUAAGCGUAAUAAUUUUUAAAUGUUCUAUCAAGAGAAAGAUUUUUUUAGCUCUGA